AUGUCCGUGGCGAAGAAGAAGGCGAACGACACCGCCGGGAACACCGCAAAGUUUUUGCUGACGAAACAAGCGGAGGAUUACGCGGACAGCCAUCGAGUCAAGAUCGUCAUCGUCGGCAGCGGUUACACCGGCGUCGCUGUCGGGAUUGCCAUACUCUUCAAGCGUCUGGCAUCCGAGCUGGUGUUCAUAGACCUAAACGAGGACUUGGCGAAAGCUGAAGCGGAAGACAUCAGCCACGCAGCUGCGUUUCUCGGUAAUCCGAGGAUCAUCGGGACAAAAGAUUAUUCUAUGGCCAGGGACGCGACAGUCUGCGUGUUCACGGUAGGCGACAGGUCAACGAACAAUCAAGAGAACGGCUCCCUGUUGGAGCGAAAUUUCGAGAUCUUCAAGGAUGUCGUGCCGAACGUAUGCAAGUACGCACCAAACAGCGUGCUGUUGAUCGUAACGACGCCCGUGGACAUAUUGUCGUACGCAGCCAUGAAGCUUUCAGGUUUCCCACCGCAACGGGUGAUCGGGCUUGGGACGUUUCUUGACAGCUGCAGGCUUCAGCACUUCAUCGCGCAGAAGCUUGGAAUUUCGGCGGGCGCGGUGCAGGCGUCUGUCAUCUGUGAAAACGGAGCAACGUCGGUGCCGGUAUGGUCCGCGGUGUCGGUAAUGGGGAUCAAGCUGAAGGACAUCAAUAAGGAUAUCGGAAUGAAAACAGAUCCUGAAUCCUGGGGCGAGCUGCACACGAAAGUCGUCGAUUCCGACAGCGAUCUUAUCGCCAGGAAGGGUUAUCGGAGCUGGGGCAUUGGCAUCUGCGCCGCUGAAGUUGUGGACGCUAUUGUUCGGAACACGUGUAUCUGCAUCACUGUGUCGGCUUAUCUAAAGGGUUGCCGACACGGCUUAGAAAAGGACGUGUACAUGUCCCUGCCCUGUAUAGUCGGCCGAAACGGGAUCCAAUCCUUUUUACGUCAUCCCUACACACCUGAGGAGCAAGAGCUCACGGAGGCAUCUUGCCGGUCGAUCUACGAGACGCAGAGAUCGAUACUCCAAGCUCUCCAAUAA